AUGGCUUUCGCCUUCCGGGAAGACCUCCUAGAGAGCUACACGGAUUUGGAACUGGCUCAUUAUAUUGUAUCCUCACCGUCAUGCGAGUCCACCUCCCGGGUAUUCAACCUUUCCUCGAAUCUCAUAGCCAAGCAAUAUGAGCCUUCAGAGGUCGAAGAUGCUUUUAAGGCAACCGAGGUUGCUAGCCAGCUUGGGAUCCGCGGUCCUUCUAUACAAAAGGUAAUCAAAAAUCAAGAGAAUGCUUACGCUAUCAUGGAUCGGAUUGAGGGAGCUACGCUGGACGUCAUCUGGAAGAAACUGGGCUGGGUCAUGACAAUUAGGCUUGGUCUGCAGCUUCGCUACUUUGUAAAUAUCCUCAGAUCCGUUACCUCACCCACUGUCGGAUCACUUGCUACAGGCGAAUGCAGGUCUUUCUGGCUAGAAGAUCGCUACGGUCUCCCGGCGAAUUCUGGACCAGCUGAAAUUACCCACUUCUUCCAGUUCUGGGCGAACUUUACGUCCAUGCGACGGGCGAUGCAAGCAGCAAAACAAGGCCAGACACCAAAUUCCACCGCAGGACUUCCACUGACCAUCGAGUCAUUUGUCUUCACUCAUCAUGAUCUCACGCCACGCAAUCUUCUCGUUUCUCCUUCUGGCCAACUUUCACUCCUUGACUGGGAUUUGGCUGGUUUCUAUCCUGUCACUAUUGAGUACGCAUCGAUGUAUAAUUUUAACAUGCCGCAGGACUGGGGUUUGAUGGCCCGUUUACGGUGGCAUCUAUUUACCUGGAUCGCGGUUGGCUACUACGAGGCUGACGCUCGCCUGUUACGGAAUAUGCGCUCCAAUAUCCAUAUUUGCGGCUACAGAAAUGAGGAAAAUGCAGGCGACGAAGAUGGCAAUUCUCCCACCAACCAUUGGGCUGCCUUUAUGCAGCUUUCACAGGGCGGAUCCGUCCGCCUCGAUAUGACUCCGGGCUAUGGCUCCGAUGGACUGAGAGGAAAGAUGGAUAUCUCGUCCAAGGCAUACUCUUUGACGAACAACGCCAUCAAAACCCUGUCCUUCCCAGUCAGAACUCAGGCUAUGGUUCGUACAAUUAUCGAUCUUAUCAACUCGAAGGGCCGCGACAGGUAUAAAUUCACGGAGGAGUGGGAGGGAUGCAGAUUUUGGAUGUUCACUUUCAUCUCCGAUUUGGAAGACAGUGGUCUCGUAUCAUCUGGUAGCGGAAAGGCGACUUGGGACGCUGUUGCUCUCUACUGGCGCAACCCUAAUGGCUAUGAGCCGAGGGAGGUCAAGCGGGGAACAUUUUACUGA